AGUUGUGUUCGCUCGUCUCGCCUCUGACAUCAAUAAGAGGCAAACCCGUCACACAUUUAGAUAACGGCGGUUUCCCCAGUUAGUAACGCACUCCGUACGUGUUGUUUUAAUACUGUGCGAGCGAACAUGUCGAGCAACAAGAAUUCAAACACUGGGCUAAAGCGGUCUAGAAACGACACAGGAAACAAAGUUAGCGUUGUGCUUGGCGCUCAAUGGGGUGAUGAAGGAAAAGGAAAAGUGGUCGACCUUUUGGCCACAGAGUCGGACAUUAUUUGCAGAUGUCAGGGAGGUAACAAUGCUGGCCACACAGUGGUGGUGGAUGGCACAGAAUAUGACUUCCAUCUUCUCCCCAGUGGGAUCAUUAACACAAAAGCUACAUCCCUGAUUGGCAACGGAGUGGUCAUUCAUCUUCCAGGCUUGUUUGAGGAAGGAGAUAAAAAUGAAAAGAAAGGCCUCACAAACUGGCAGAAGAGAUUGGUGAUCUCGGACAGGGCGCACAUUGUGUUCGACUUCCACCAGGAAGUAGACGGGCUACAGGAAAUUCAGAGACAAGCUCAGGAAGGAAAAAAUAUUGGCACAACAAAGAAAGGCAUCGGACCCACUUAUGCAAGUAAAGCAUCUCGUACGGGGCUGCGCAUCUGUGACCUACUAGCUGACUUCAAAGACUUCUCUGCCAGGUUCAAAAUACUUGCCCAGCAGUACCAGUCCAUGUUCCCAACGCUGGAGAUUGACAUUGAGGGACAGCUUAAAAAAUUGCGGGAGUAUGCUGAGAGGAUAAGGCCCAUGGUGAGAGAUGGUGUCUAUUUCAUGUACGAAGCUAUUCACGGACCACCAAAGACAAUCCUGGUGGAGGGGGCAAAUGCUGCCCUGCUUGACAUUGACUUUGGUACGUACCCAUUUGUGACCUCAUCAAACUGCACCGUGGGUGGUGUGUGCACCGGGCUGGGCAUCCCCCCUCUGAGUAUCAGUGACGUGUACGGUGUGGUGAAGGCCUACACUACCCGGGUUGGCAUCGGGGCAUUCCCCACCGAGCAACUCAAUGAAGUUGGUGAACUGCUGCAGACCCGGGGUCACGAAGUGGGUGUGACAACUGGGAGGAAGCGGCGCUGUGGUUGGCUGGAUCUGGUCAUCCUGCGCUACGCCAACAUGAUCAAUGGCUUCACUGCGUUUGCUUUAACCAAACUGGAUAUCCUUGAUGUGCUGGAUGAAAUUAAAGUGGGUGUGGCUUACAAACUGAAUGGCAAAAAUAUCCCUUAUUUCCCAGCAAACAUGGAUGUUCUCCAGAAGGUGGAGGUGGAAUAUGAGAAACUGCCAGGCUGGAGGAGUGACACCUCAGGCUGCAGGAAGUGGGAUGACCUUCCUUCCAAGGCUCAGAACUACAUCCGCUUUGUUGAGAACCAGGUUGGCGUGCCCAUCAAAUGGGUCGGAGUUGGCAAGUCCAGGGAGUCUAUGAUCCAGAUGUUUUAGCAGACACCAACCUCUCUCUCUCCUUCUCUCCACAAUGAAGGAUUAAGAUGCUCAUGAUUUUAGAUGACAUUCUUAGUUGUUUUCCCUUAGCCCAAACCCUGACUUUCUGGUUCACACUGCACCCCCAAAAUACACUGCAGCUCCAUUUUCUAAGUGUCUAUCAGAGGUUACUUGUCAUGGCCGUGCCCCCCUAUUUUUGGUUUUGCCCUGCCCUAGUGUUUCCCUGUGUCUGACAUUGUCUUUACCUGUGUCUCGUUGAGUGGUUUCAGUUCUCGUUUGUCUCAUCAUGUCCACCUGUGUCUUGUUUGGUUAUGUGUAUUUAGUUCCUGUUUUAGGUCCAGUCUUUGUCUUGUCCUUACCCUUGUUACUGUGAGUACAUGGUCUGUUCCUGUUUCAAGAAUAAACCCUUUGUUUGUCUGGCCACUCCAGCGUUUGGGUCCUACCCCACCACUCUACGUAACGUUACUUGUCGCUAAAUGAGUCCUGCUGUGGUGUAUUUGAUCACGUAGAGCAGUGGUUCUCAAACCUGUCCUCAAGUACCGCCUGUCCUGCAUGUUUUAGAUGUUUCCCUGCUCCAACACACCUGAUUCAAAUGCAUGUUGGUUACCAGGCUUCUCCAGAGCUAGAUAACGACCCAUUUAUUUGAAUCAGGUGUGUUGGACAGGUGGUACAUGAGGACAGGUUUGAGAACUACUGACGUAGAGCAUUGGUUAUCAAUCACAGUAUGCACUUGAAUACAGAGUAGGGACUAAUUUUGGAAAGUCGCCCAUACUUACGUCAAGUAUAACCGAGCUUGCGUAAUGUGUACACUGCACUGUAUGCCAAGUGUCAAUGCAACACUGCACUAUUGUAUCACAAUUGCCCAUUACUCUUGUCCAGUCUUUGGAAAGUUGUUUUCAUCCACACACAGCAUUUGUUAUCACUCUUUUUCACCUUUACUGUUUAGAUGGUAAAGAUUAUUGGCCAGUUAUUUGUUGCUGAACAAAAGCUGCUAAAAUGCAAGCACUCUUCAUCCGUUAAAACAGUCGGCAAAUGCAGCGCUCAGUGGCCCGCAUAUUAUGGCGUUGCCUUUUUAUUAAUAUGUUACCAUUAACACACAAAUGCACUAUUGUAUUGUUAGGAAAUUAUGUCACUUCUGUUCUUCUGAAUAAGUAGGUGUGACAAUUUUGCGGUUUUAGUGCCUUGUCAACUAAAGUAAUUUCAUGUUAAAACUGUGACCGUGACACAACAAUGCCCUAAGGUUUCCAAGAGCAAUACAUUAAAGAAGUGGGAAUCCGAUAUGCAAAUAAAUCUGUUGCACAAAUUAAA